UUUUACAAAUUAUUAAAAAUCGUCUUAAUUGCUUAGACUUUUUCCAGUGUUGUUUUUUAUAAUAAUAUUAUUGUCUAUUCUAAUAACAAAUUGACAUUUGAUAAUGACAAAUGAACAAAACAAGAUUAUAAAUAGAAAAUCUGUUCAUUUUUACUUUAGUACAUUUUACUGUUCAAUAAGAUUUAAAAAAAUUCAAAAUGCCUGAAAUGAAUUGUGCUGUUGCUGUUUGUAAAAAUAAUCAAUUUAAAUCAAUAAAAGAAGGGAAAGAUGUAUCAUUUUUUACAUUCCCAAUUGAUAGGAGAAGAAAAAUUUGGGUACUUAGAUGUAAAAGAGCCGAUCAAUUUAAUCCUGAUACAUUUCUUGUAUGUUCAGAACAUUUUACUGAUAAUGAUUUUGAGUUAAAUUUUAAAGUAAAAUUGGUUGAUGGACCAACCAAGAAAAAACUUAAAAACUGUGGUAAGUCAAAAGCAAUAUUGACUAUAGAUUGAUAUUCAUCAAUCAUGCAGUUAUUUAAAAUCUGAUUUUUAGAACUUUGAAAUAUUAUACUUAAAUACCAUAUUUUUUUUGAGGCUUUUUUUUACUACUUAAGAAUAGUUGUUGCUUGUGAAGAUAUUCACUAAUAUUUUUCAAAAUCCAAUCUCCAUUUUUCUGUAAAUAAUUUAACAUAAACAUUUCCUGAAAAUUUUGAAGUAGCAUAUCAAAAUUUGAAUUAGUAGGUUUUAAGUCAAUUAACUUAGUGCAGGUAACUACUAAAGGUUAGUAGUGACAAAGAUUUGGAAAAUACGAGAGUGCUCUGGAGAGUGUAAAAUAGUGUAAUAUAGUGUAAUUUAUCUACAUUAAUACAUUCACCUAUUUUAAUAUUUUAUAUAAUUGUAAAACCAGUUUUCAGGACUAUUAUCAAUUAUCAUUUAUCGUUAAUAUAAACAUUUAAAAAAUUGAAAAGCAGUCGGAGGAACUACUAGUUCAAAUCUUAAAUUAAGUACAUUUUCAAAAAAAUUAUCUUAAGUAUUUACAGAAAAAACGAGUGUUCUCAUUUCAAAAACAGAAGUUUUUAUCAGUUCAGAACACAUCAAGUAGCACGAAAACAUUUAAAUAAUUAAAAAAUUCC